AAGAUGGGGUUGCUGCUUUUGCUGAUUGCACUGGCCGUCGACGCUGCCACAGGCCUCUGUGACAACGGCGCCAUCAACGAAUACUUUGCCACCGCGACGCGGGACGGUUGUCUUGGGAACAGUCCGUACUGCAUUGUCGACAAGAGAUGCGGGACAACGACGUUUUACGAGGCGAGAAACUUUACCACCUUGGCGCUGGGCAGCGACUUGCGCAUUUACAAUGAGCCUGUCGAUUACAUUGCGAGCCUCCCGAGCCUUUUUGCGAAUCUCACAAUCGCGUUUGACAACACCUCCAUGCACGGCAUUGGCGACCUCUCAACCUCGACCAACGUCAAGGCAUUGAGCAUCUACAACUACAAUAUGGCGAUCAAUACCUCCAACACCUCGUGGCCGCCCAAACUUGAAACUCUGGAGCUUCGGGAGGCCAAAUUCUCGACACUUCCCAACUUGGCGUCCAUGCCGCAGCUUCUCUAUCUGGACUUGCGAAACAAUCUCUUUACGCGCCUCGAGAACCUCGAUUUUCGAACCUUGCGACGCGCGAACUUUGACGACAAUCCCAUCACGACAAUAUCCAACGUCUCGCUGAGCAGUCCCGAGCAUUUGACCACAUUAUUCGGUCUCUCGGGCUGCAAGAUUACGACGUUUCUCGUCGACCCAGACACAUACACCGUGCUUCUCAAUGAAAACAAGACGGUGGAGCUGCACAACAACGCCUUGGCGCCAACAAUCGACGUCACGGGGACCUGCAAGGCGCCAAAUAGCAUCAAACCCAUCAUGCAGGGAGCCUACUCGGUGUGCGUGACGCCAGAGUCGAUGCUGCCGCCACCACCGCCACCGACGACGGCACCGCCACCGACGACCGUUUCGCCGUCGUUGGCCGCGACAGGCGCGGAUACGUCGUCCUCGCGCCUCGGCAGCGGGGAAAUUGCUGGUAUCGUCGUCGGUCUUGUCACUGUCGUCGCCUCCCUGGUCCUUUUCCUGGCUCGACGGCAGCGUCGACUGCAGCUGUUACUGCUGGAGCGCAACGCGCAGUACCUCGACGCGCUGCAGAUGCUGCGGCUCGACGAAGGGUCCCUUGUCAAGCUUCAGUUUGUCGCUGAGGGCGCGUUUGGUCAAGUGUCGAGAGGCACGUACAAAGGAGAGCCUGUCGCGAUCAAGAGCCUAUUGCCAGGAAAGCACUCACAAGCCGACGUGGCCACCUUUGUUGCUGAGAUUCAACUCGCUUCCAUGAUGGAGAGCCCGUACAUUGUCAAGCUACUGGGUGCGAGCUGGCGGACACCAUCCGAGCUUGAGAUGGUGCUCGAAUGGAUGGACAAGGGCGACCUCCGCGGCCUCUUGCAGGCCACCGCUCCGUCGGCACCGGACGACGCCGCCCACACCUUUUACUGGGACGAAAAAGCGGUGUGUAUGUUGUCGAUUGCCGAAGGGCUUGUCUACAUGCACACAAUGAACAUCAUCCACCGCGACCUCAAGUCAAGAAACAUCCUCCUCGACUCGGUCAAGGGUACCAAACUGACGGACUUUGGCGUCUCGAAAGAGAUGACGACCGAGACCAUGACGAUCGGCGUCGGCACGUACCGGUGGAUGGCGCCCGAGGUCCUUCAAGAAUGCUACUACUCGACGUCGGCCGACAUUUACUCUUUCGGGAUGGUGCUCUCGGAGCUCAGCACCCACGACAUACCGUACGCCGACGUUCGCUCCGAGAAUGGCCACCCGCUUGUGGACACGGCCAUCAUGUCGCGCGUGAUCCAAGGGACCAUCUCGCCAUCGUUUGUGGCGUCAACACCAAUGUGGGUGAUCACACUGGCGCAAUCCUGCCUCGCGUAUGCGCCCGAGCACCGCCCGACAGCCAUUGAGAUCGCACACAUUAUUGAACGCCAAAGAAAGGUGUGCUAGGACAUUUGUAAACCAAAUCCGAGACGCAGCUCACUCCCAACGACCAAGUGCUGGUGCCAACUCCCACGCAUUC